AGGAGGAUCACUAUGACUAUAGCUCUUGGUAAAUUUACCAAAGAUGAAAAUGAUUUAUUUGAUAUUAUGGAUGACUGGUUACGAAGGGACCGUUUUGUUUUUGUGGGUUGGUCCGGUCUAUUGCUCUUUCCUUGCGCCUAUUUUGCCGUGGGGGGUUGGUUCACAGGUACCACCUUUGUAACUUCAUGGUAUACUCAUGGAUUGGCAAGUUCCUAUUUGGAAGGUUGUAACUUCUUAACUGCGGCAGUCUCUACUCCUGCUAAUAGUUUAGCACACUCUUUGUUGUUACUAUGGGGUCCUGAAGCACAGGGAGAUUUUACCCGUUGGUGUCAAUUGGGUGGUCUGUGGACUUUUGUUGCUCUCCACGGUGCUUUCGGAUUAAUAGGUUUUAUGUUACGUCAAUUUGAACUUGCUCGAUCUGUUCAAUUGCGCCCUUAUAAUGCAAUCGCAUUCUCCGGUCCAAUUGCUGUUUUUGUUUCUGUAUUCCUGAUUUAUCCACUGGGUCAGUCUGGUUGGUUCUUUGCGCCUAGUUUUGGUGUAGCAGCUAUAUUUCGAUUCAUUCUAUUUUUCCAAGGGUUUCAUAAUUGGACAUUAAACCCAUUUCAUAUGAUGGGAGUUGCUGGUGUAUUGGGCGCUGCCCUACUAUGCGCUAUUCAUGGUGCUACCGUAGAAAAUACGUUAUUUGAAGAUGGUGAUGGCGCAAAUACAUUCCGUGCUUUUAACCCAACUCAAGCGGAAGAAACUUAUUCAAUGGUCACCGCUAACCGCUUUUGGUCCCAAAUCUUUGGGGUUGCUUUUUCCAAUAAACGUUGGUUACAUUUCUUUAUGUUAUUUGUACCAGUAACUGGUUUAUGGAUGAGUGCUCUUGGAGUAGUCGGUCUGGCCCUGAACCUACGUGCCUAUGACUUCGUUUCUCAAGAAAUCCGCGCAGCGGAAGAUCCUGAAUUUGAGACUUUCUACACCAAAAAUAUUCUCUUAAAUGAAGGUAUUCGUGCGUGGAUGGCGGCUCAAGAUCAGCCUCAUGAAAACCUUAUAUUCCCUGAGGAGGUUCUACCACGUGGAAACCUCUUUAAUGGAACUUUAGCUUUAACGGGCCGUGACCAAGAAACUACCGGUUUUGCUUGGUGGGCCGGGAAUGCCCGACUUAUCAAUUUAUCCGGUAAACUACUGGGGGCCCAUGUAGCCCAUGCCGGAUUAAUAGUAUUCUGGGCCGGAGCAAUGAACCUAUUUGAAGUCGCUCAUUUCGUACCCGAGAAGCCCAUGUAUGAACAAGGAUUAAUUUUACUUCCCCAUCUAGCUACUCUAGGUUGGGGGGUAGGUCCUGGAGGGGAAGUUAUAGACACCUUUCCAUACUUUGUCUCUGGAGUACUUCACUUAAUUUCUUCUGCAGUAUUGGGCUUUGGCGGUAUUUAUCAUGCACUUCUGGGACCUGAGACUCUUGAAGAAUCUUUUCCUUUCUUUGGUUAUGUAUGGAAAGAUAGAAAUAAAAUGACUACUAUUUUAGGUAUUCACUUAAUUUUGUUAGGGAUAGGGGCUUUUCUUCUAGUAUUUAAGGCUUCUUAUUUUGGAGGUAUAUAUGAUACCUGGGCUCCAGGAGGGGGGGAUGUAAGAAAAAUUACCAACUUAACCCUUAGUCCAAGUAUUAUAUUGGGUUAUUUACUAAAAUCUCCUUUUGGGGGAGAGGGGUGGAUUGUUAGUGUGGACGAUUUGGAAGACAUAAUUGGAGGGCAUGUAUGGUUGGGUUCCAUUUGUAUACUUGGUGGAAUCUGGCAUAUCUUAACUAAACCCUUUGCAUGGGCUCGUCGUGCACUAGUAUGGUCUGGAGAAGCUUACUUGUCUUAUAGUUUAGCAGCUUUAUCCCUUUUUGGUUUUAUAGCUUGUUGCUUUGUCUGGUUUAAUAAUACUGCUUAUCCUAGUGAGUUUUAUGGUCCUACUGGACCGGAAGCUUCUCAAGCUCAAGCAUUUACUUUUCUAGUUAGAGACCAACGUCUUGGAGCUAAUGUAGGAUCCGCUCAAGGACCGACCGGUUUAGGUAAAUAUUUAAUGCGUUCUCCGACCGGAGAGGUUAUUUUUGGGGGAGAAACUAUGCGUUUUUGGGAUCUGCGUGCUCCCUGGUUAGAACCUCUAAGAGGUCCUAAUGGUUUGGACUUGAGUAGACUGAAAAAAGACAUACAGCCUUGGCAAGAACGUCGUUCUGCGGAAUAUAUGACUCAUGCUCCUUUAGGUUCUUUAAAUUCCGUGGGUGGCGUAGCUACAGAGAUUAAUGCAGUCAAUUAUGUCUCUCCUAGAAGUUGGUUAGCUACUUCUCAUUUUGUUCUAGGAUUCUUCCUAUUCGUAGGUCAUUUAUGGCACGCGGGAAGAGCUCGUGCAGCUGCCGCAGGAUUUGAAAAAGGAAUUGAUCGAGAUUCGGAGCCUGUUCUUUUCAUGACUCCUCUUAAUUGA